UUACAAGGGAAGUUUCGAAAUCGUUGGCGGGGAAUUACAGCUCCUUUUAAAAGCAUUUUUAUUCAUUAUCUCGUUUUUAAGUUGAUAUUAAUGCAUUAAUUAUUAUUAUACAUAGAUUUUUUUGUUGGAAAUCGGAAUGCAGUCCUCCAAGUUUGUAAUUAAGUGUGGGAAUUUUGCUGUGCUGGUGGAUCUUCACAUACUGCCCUUAGGCGCCCAAGACAAUGCCAGAUGGUUUUCCACGGAAUACAGGAAGGAAGUGGGCUCUUUGAUAAGAGAUUCAGUGGAGCAGAAGGUGAGGCAGUUUCAAGAGGCCAGACACCAGAAGAUCCAGCCCAAACCGAAGAAAGAUGUCACCCUGAACACACCGCUCUGCCUUGAAGGUGGGAACAUUCGCUUGUCGGUGUACUUCAUGAAGCGACACAUCAACCUGAGGUGCAUUGUGAGGCAACACUACAGAGAAUUGCGUGUUUUUCCUGAACGUGUCGUAGUGUGUGCCAGUCCUCUGGAGAAUGCUGUACUUCCCAAAGAAAGUCUGAACCAGGAUGUGUUGCAACAAAGUGGACAAAGCAAGUCAAAGUACUUUUCAAGCCCCGGUGAAACCAAAGAUCCAUUAUCCAGCUCCACGGUUAUGAAAAGGGCCGUCCUUCAGAAGAUUGCCAGGCAGACGAGCACCCGGUCCCGACAAUGCAGAGAUGACCAAGAAUCCAGAUCGGACACCGUAGAAAAGGGGACUACCAAAUUGAAUCGUACUCUACCAGUAUCAUCCGAAUGUUUGUUUGCCGACGACUUAGUGGCUUGUGCGCAUGAGGAUGUAAAAACCAUAAUUCAAUUCCCUGAAUUAAAUAACAAGGAUAAAGAGGACGCUCAACCAUGUCCUGAAUCAACUGGUAUUAAGAGGAGACAACGCACCCCUAACUCUGAAGAACACCAAAAACCCAAAAGAUUGUGUCUUGGAGAGGUUGCGGUACCAGGAGAUUCCAACAGGCCGUCUUCUGGCAUGUCCUCAUGCGGUUCCCAUGGUGCAGCUCAGCCUGAGAUCAGACUGGAAGAGGAGGUGCUUACACAUGGAAACAGCACUCUCGAACAGAGUAACCAGAGCGGGUCAGCCACAAGUCUGAGAGGCUCAUCCGUCAAGCCUGUGUCCUCUGGCUCUUCUAUUAGUUCCAGAGAGGAAUGGAGGGGGGGCGCGCCCAGAACAUCCCGAUUACGCCGACUCAAGAAGUCCUGAGGGCCACGGCGGCAUAAAGUGAGAGUGGAUAUCUGACGCCAUCGAGAUGGACGUUACUGUACACACUUCUACUGUAUUUGCUGUCUGUCAACACUGGUUGCACAAGCGAAGAGUUUACCACAGGCGGUCUCCCAUGCAUGCUUAAUGGAACAGGCAUCCCAAAAUAAAACUUAUGUCAGUAUUUGUCCGACACCGUUGUUCCAAACUGCACCACUUCUGUUUUUUGUAGAAUAUAUACACUUUUUACGAAUGUUAUUGGGUGACCGUGAAAUAAUAGAAAGAAAGGGAAUAAGGGCAGGGGUUGUACAAUUUUAAAACGGCAAAUUUACAAAUAGAAUAAUUUAAUUUGUAUAGUCAAACAGGUUGGAAUGAUUAUUGUGUCUGUGAUGCUGAAAAUGAAAAUUCUGUCAUCAUUUACUCACACUCAAGUUGUUCCAAAUCUGUAUAUUUUAUUAUUUCUGUUAAACACAAAAGAAGAUAUUUAGAAGAAUGUAGGAAAGCAACAGUUCUGGGUCACUUUUGACUACCAUUGUAUUUUUUCCUACUAUGGUAGUCAAUGGUGGCCAAGAACUGUUAACUCUAAAAACCUUCUUCCAAAUACCUUUAUUUGUGUUCAUCAGAACAACGAAAUCAAUAAAGAUUUGGAUCAACUUGAGGGUGAGUAAAUGAAGACAGAAUUUUCAUUUUUGGGUCAACUGUUCAUUUAUAGCGAAGUAUAACAUAUAAAAUAGUCUUAAAAUUGAACUUUUACAGUAGGCUAAAAAGUAGAUAAACACGGAUAUGCAUAAGCUGAAGUUCCCAAAUAUUUGAAUUGGCUUUACUUGUUCUAAACAAAAACACGCAGCACAAACACAUAUCGCAUUUUCCACGUAAGAUUUGAAUUUCAGACCAGCGGGAGCCGCUGAGCACAAUGUGGCUUGCAGCCCAAAUCUCUGGCUCCAUCCGUCUGAAAUCUGCACUCUUCCAGCUUCAGCGGAGCACAUGAUUGAUUCCGCUGUGUUCUCAUACAUACUGAGAUCUGUAGGCGAACGGGGGUUUUACUAUUGGAGCCGACUGUAGUCUCCCUGUGGUUAUCAUUUGUGAAUGUGUUACUGCUUUUCAUUACAGUCUGCUGCGAGAUGACUGACAGCAUUAUGAGAUGCCAAACUGCUCGUGUCUGAUAUUUGGCUAGUCAUGACUGCAGUCAACUUUGAUAUAGUGCGUAAUGGCAGGCCGAUUAUAUGUACGGAUAUAAAUUAAUCUAGUCACAUGGCCUGCUUUUCCACAUUUUUCAGUUUGAUGUCUUUUGGAUAACAGAUAUGUGUCAUUAUAACAGCACUGCCAGAACAUCAUCAGUGUGCACAAACAAAUCGCUGUCAUGAUACUGUACGUUUGUCAAAACACUUCAGUUAUUAUAUUAAAGCGAUAAAAAUGGGAAUUUGAGAUAAAGA